GGAAAUAUGGGGCAGGUUAUAUAAACCACAAAAGAAGGAGGACACAAUAGAAAGUUUCAAAUCAUACUAAAACCCUCCUUGCACCUACAUCGACCCGCCAUUGCAGCGUCCGUAUUCUCUCACAGCAUUCGUUUGGUUGCCUGAGCAGAUUCGGCUGCGGGUUUUGUUGAUAAGUGCUCAGUUUCUCGCAGGCCGUUCGAUCUUGCGUAUCAGAAAACAAUGUUGCCACUUUCGCUACUGAAGACUGCCCAAGGGCAUCCCAUGUUAGUGGAGCUGAAAAAUGGGGAAACCUAUAACGGGCAUUUGGUGAAUUGUGAUACUUGGAUGAAUAUUCAUCUUCGUGAAGUGAUUUGUACUUCAAAGGACGGAGAUAGAUUUUGGAGAAUGCCAGAAUGCUACAUUCGUGGCAAUACAAUUAAGUACCUCCGAGUUCCGGAUGAGGUUAUUGAUAAAGUAGAAGAAACAAAGAGUCGUUCAGAUAGAAAACCCCCUGGAGUUGGGCGUGGAAGAGGAAGAGGUAGGGAUGACAUUAAUGCCGGCAGACCAAAGGGAAUUGGGCGUGGUGUAGAUGAUGGAGGUUCUAAAGGUGGAGGGCGAGGAAAGGGUGUGGCUGGCAACAAGCCUUCUGGCGGCAGAGGUGGUGGGCGCGGACGCGGCUGAUCUCUAUCAAGGGUGGUACAGAUGUGUGAAGAAUCCUUACAUUGUUGGUUGGCACAUGAUCUGUUUUGUGGUCUCAGACUUCUUAAGGUAAAAGACAAAACUGGAUAUGUAAGAUAAGGCAACCCUUAUUGUUUUAACUAACAAUGUAAGGAAGCUAUUAUUGGUUUUUGUGUGUGUUUUGAUGUUUGUUGAAUAA